AGUCCCCGCGCGUGGCGGGAACGUGACGGGGGGACCCCCCGGCGGGCGCGCGCGCGGGAGAAAAGCACGUGGUGGAGGAGAGGGGCGCGGGGCGGGGCUUCCAGGGGCCGGAACCGGUCGCUACUCUCUCCCUGCUCUGCCGCCAUGGCUUCCAGCGGAGAGGAGACGAGCAGCGGCUCCCCCGGCCGGGCGGGCAGCGGCACCGAACCGCCCAGCCCGGAAUCGGCCGCAGCCUGCUCCGCUCAGCUGGACAGUAUGGAGGAUUUCGAGGUUCUGGAGGAGGACGAGGAUGAUCUGAGCGAGCUGCCGCCGCUGGAGGACGUGGGACGGGCACGGGGACCGCUGCAGGAGGACGCCCAGUCCGCAGAGCAAGGCCCAGGGGAAGCAGCUGAGGACCCCCAGGAGUGGCUCGAUGUCUUGGGGAGUGGUUUGCUUAAGAAGAAGACACUCGUGCCAGGUCAGGGGGUGGAGAGCCGCCCCCACAAAGGCCAGGAGGUGACUGUCCGUCUGAGGGCCACACUGGACGAUGGCACUGUGGUGGAGGAGAACCCCAGCCUCACCUUUACCCUGGGAGACUGUGAUGUAUUGCAGGCUCUGGACCUCUGUGUACAGCUUAUGGAGAUGAGAGAAACUGCUUUGAUUACAUCAGAUGCCAAGUAUUGCUAUGGUGCACAGGGCAGGAGCCCUGACAUCCCACCCAACGCAGCCCUCACGCUGGAGGUCGAGCUGCUGGAGGCUCGGGAUGCACCAGACCUGGAGCUGCUCAGUGGGAAGGAAAAGAUAGACCUGGCCAACCGCAAGCGGGAGCGAGGUAACUUCUACUACCAGCAGGCAGAUUAUGUGUUGGCCAUCAAUUCCUAUGACAUCGCUCUCAAAGUCAUCGGCUCCAGUUCCAAAGUUGAUUUCACCCCGGAUGAGGAGGCUGAGCUGCUGGAUGUGAAGGUGAAAUGUCUCAACAAUCUGGCAGCCUCUCAGCUUAAACUGGACCAUUAUGAGGCGGCCCUGAAGUCCUGUAACCUUGUUCUGGAGCACCAGCCAGGGAACAUCAAGGCACUUUUCCGGAAGGGCAAGGUCCUGGCCCAGCAGGGCGAGUACAGAGAGGCCAUCCCCAUCCUAAAGGCAGCUUUGAAGCUGGAGCCUUCAAACAAGACCAUCCAUGCCGAGCUCUCAAAGCUGGUGAAGAAGCACGCGGACCAGAAGACAGUGGAGACAGAGAUGUACAGGAAGAUGCUUGGGAAUCCCAGCGCCAGCAGCACCCCGGUGAAGUGCAAGGACAAGCUGACCUGGACCAUCCCCUGGAAGUGGCUCUUUGGUGCGACAGCCAUCGCUCUGGGUGGGGUGGCUCUAUCUGUUGUCAUCGCAGCAAGGAACUGAGGAGCAGCGGUGGGGAGCCCGGCUCUGGGAUGUGCCUCGCUCCUGCCUGGGGUGUCCAUGGGGCUCCGCUCCCCUCAUUGCUCCCUGUGGACUCAUAGAUGCUCUCCUGGCAGGUGGUACCACAUCCCCCCUCCCCUGACCAUCACCCAGCACCCCCACACCUCGUCCUGCUGGGGACAAAGCCGCAGGUAAAGCAGAGCCCCCGCAGCCCUGAAUGCAUUGGGGCAGCCUGAGCUGGGAGUGCUGCACGCAGUGACUGUCCUGGGGAGGACACAGCAAAGCCUGGCACUGCUGGAGGCAGCUGGAUGGAUGUGAGCCCUCUGUAAGGGACACAGGGUGUUUGGGGCACGUGCAAUGAGAUUCCCCCCGAGCUGGGGGGGCUGUCAGGGAGCCCAGCUCUGCCCUGCUCCCCAUCAGAGCGUGCAAUGCCCAUAGAAAGCCAAAGAACCCCACGGAGCAAUGGACACAGAGAAGCGCCAUCAUGGCUGAUACUGGGGGUCCCCUCCUGCCCUGCAGCUCCCCCCAGCCCCGCUGUCAGCUCUGCUCCUAUGGGGGCUGGAUGUACUUGGAUGCACUGUCCCCCCCCACCCCAAAACCGACUGUGAAAUCCCAAUAAAGGACAAUUGGUGCACGGC